UGGACCCUACUUUCGCAAGGUUUGCAAUGCCGCAUGCAUCAGGUCGCGUUAUUCGAUCACCCUGAUCAAAGAUUGUUAUCCCUGCGCGAUCUAUGGGAUUUAAACUGUCUAUUAAAGCCAAUAUAUUGGUCACAUGGCAGGUUUUGUUUGCACUAGAAGUGUUUUCGUCUUCGGCAGCCACGUUACAGCGACCAAUAUCACCGAUUUCCUUGGAAUACAGUAUGCUGCUCCUCCAGUUGAUGAGUAGUUCUGCAGCCUCAAUCAACCCCUAUGAUGCUUGGCUGUUGUCCUUGUUGGUGAUCACCAGCAACUUGGUCCGGUUAUCACGAACAAGAAAGCACACGCUCGUCUGACACAAUCGUUCUUCGAAUGUCCCGUUGUACCAGCCACAUGCACCCUUGUUCGUCUGAAUCCAUCGAAUAUUUUCUAUGAAAACGCUCUACGGAAUGG